ACCAUGAACACCAAGGGGGCUUCACUGAAAGGUUUGUUGCUGGUGACCCUUUUGGUUUCCCACAUGCUUCUGACAAAGGAAGGAGUGACCUCUUUGCCAAUCUGCCCCAAUGGAUCUGUCAAUUGCCAGCUUUCCCUUGAGGAACUUUUUGACCGAGCAGUUAAACUUUCGCACUACAUCCACUUCCUCUCUUCAGAAAUGUUCAAUGAAUUUGAUGAGCGCUACGCCCAGGGCCGAGGUUUCAUUGCAAAAGCUGUCAAUAGCUGCCAUACUGCAUCUUUAACCACCCCUGAAGAUAAGGAGCAGGCUCAGCAGAUUCAUCAUGAAGACCUACUGAAUUUAAUUAUGGGAGUUCUGCGUUCCUGGAAUGACCCCCUGAUCCACCUGGCCUCUGAAGUACAAAGAAUCAAAGAAGCUCCAGAAACCAUUCUCUGGAAGGCUGUGGAGAUUGAAGAACAAAACAAAAGACUUCUAGAAGGAAUGGAGAAAAUAGUUGGGCGGGUUCAGACUGGGGAGGUGGAAAAUGACAUUUACACUCCGUGGGACGGACUUCCAUCUCUGCAGCUUGCUGAUGAGGACUCCAGACUCUUUGCCUUUUACAACCUGCUACACUGCCUCCGCCGAGAUUCCCACAAAAUUGACAACUAUCUCAAGGUUUUGAAGUGCCGCCUAAUCCACGACAACAACUGUUGA